AUGGGUAGCACCGAUAGUACUGCGACUUCCGGGAAGGUUUUUUCACCACCAAGUUGGAGGCCUAAUGAACGGAAAUCUAAAAAAGAAAAUGUUGCAAGAUUUCGUUUGUAUACCAUUGAAAUGAAGAUGAAGAUGGACCGUCAUCUACAACUGCUUGAACAAGGAAAUUCAAAGGUCGAGAACAACAAAGAAAGAGGGGAAACAAAAAAUGAUGAAGGGGACAAAAAAGGCAAGGAGGGUGUUGGUGCAGAGGAGAAAAAAGAGGACGGUGAAGAAGAAGAUGAUAGUGAGGAAGACAAAGAGACUGAUGAAAGUACUGAAAGUGAUCUGAAUUCUGACUCAGAAACUGAAUCAAAGAAAGAAGGUGUUGCUGAUUUAGAUGAAGAAAUGGAAUCAAGUGGUGGUAGCUAUAAAGAGGAUGAUGAUGACAACAUUGGUGCAGACUCUUCUUUUGGGAACAAUGAAGAAGGAAAUCCAAAGACACGUGAAGAUUCUUCAAUGUUUCUGGACAAGACUGAGGAAGACCGUGAGAAUGGUGAAGAGGACGAGAUUGAGGAAGACCUUAAGAGUGAUGAAGAGUUGGAGAGUGGAUCAUAUGGACUACUUGAAUUAGGUAGUGGUCCUGAUCUUGGCGACUAUUCUGAUGGUGAUAAUGGCAGUAGUUUUGAUUCUUAUUAUGAAGUUAUGUUUAAUAUGAAUGGUAGUAUUCAUUCGUCUGCUAUGGCAAACAAUAAUGUUCUAUUGAAAUGGAUUUUAUGCAUUGAAGAAGAGCAUCAGGCAUCAGCGGUGAAGAAUGCAAAGUAUUUCGUGGUAUGGAAGGUCUAUCAUGGAAGAUCACUAUUGUUAGAUUUACUAAUGCUAACGGAAUUAUUGCAAAGAUGUUCGUAUCCAUCGUUUAAGUAUAAAUUUCGUGCUCCAUAUCUUAGGGAAGGAAGUCUUAUUGUCCCUGUGUCCUUUGCAAGUAUUUAUCUUCAAUAG